AUGACCGCGACUGGGGGCCAUCGGCCACUCUUUAUCCGCGACAUUACGUCGGCAUGGCAAUUGACAAAGAACCAGAACGACGCGAGCCGAUCAAGUAGCCAAGGCAAACCAGAAAGAGUGAGGAUCAACGGGGUGAUAGUACUUGACAAAUACGAUAGCAAAACCGGGGAACGUAGAAUAUGGGUGGAUGACAGUACGGAUACUAUUUGUGUCGUCUUGAAUCCAAGGCUUUGUCGAAGACCGGAUGCCAAGCAGCUGCGGAUGUCUGUAUCUGUGACACUCUUCGGCACUGUUGACCGAUUAUCAUUAGAGAAACUUCUUGUUGUCCGAUGCGGCGGGUUCCACAUUGAACAUGAUCUUAAUAUGGAGAUAUACCAUUGGAUUAGAGCAUUAGCAGUCAAUGGAGGAGAGGAGGAUGCAACCACACUGAUGCCACCUAUUACAAUCGACAAUGAUCGUACAACAGCAUUUGAACCACCUUUACGAGAUAAAGAGAUCGAGCCUCAUAAACAACAACCAUCAUUCAAUCGACUAUUCCAAGGUCAGCAUCAAAGCCUGUUAUCACAACCAUCACCAACCCGCGGACCUACCACACAUCUACUUCAAUCACAAUUAUCGAUCACCGAUGACGACUUGUUUAAUGACUUUGGUGACAGUGAUCAAUGGAAUUGGUCGCCUGAUCAUGCUGUUGCUUCAUCCACGCCUAUCACUCGAGUACAGAAUACAACAAAAACGAAUGACAAAGGAUCCCCACUUCGUGCUCAAUUAUACCCUGCCGAUGGAAAACAGUUGAAUGAGGAUUAUGAUAGUUUUGGAUUCGAUUCAUCAUUUGAUGCAGCCGAUCUCGAUGCAUUGGAGAAGGACGCAAUACAAACUAGGAAUAGCAAACGACCUUUUGAUGCCAUCGAUUGA